CUUUGCAGAAGUGCUGCGUCGACAGGAGCGCGAGGAGGAGGAAAAUCUCCGCAGCAGCAAACCGGCGUCGACGCUCGAAGAGGCAACACGUCCCGCGCCACCAAACAAAGGUUCAACCGCCUUCAGGGGUUCCAACAACAUGAGCAACCCGAACGAGAGGAGAUACGUUCCGCGUGGAAGGGCCCGAGGGCGAAUCACGGCAAGGUCUCGCUCGCCAAAUCAACCUGGAUCUGCUGAACCUGCAACUCAACCAAGACCACUUGCUUUGCCGAGAAUUCCGAGGAUUCCAAGGCGUCCUGAUGUGGAAUUGCCAGAAGUUCAGCCUCGUGCGCUGGUGAAUCCAGGAGCCGCAGGGGGAAAGCCGAUUGACUUGAAAUCCAACUUCUUCCGCUUGUGUUCUGCUGGCCAGUUUGGCGUUUUCCAGUUCAGCGUUCAAUUCGAGCCCGACGAAGAAAGGACUUUUGUGCGUCGCGCCAUCAUGAGACAAAACGCGGAGAAAAUGGGCCUCGGCAAGUCGUACCUUUUCGACGGCUCCACUCUCUUCGACUCGAAGAAACCAACAAAAAAUCCCAUAAUUGCCAACGCGAUCACAAAAGAUGGGCUGCAAAUUAAAAUCACCGCCAAUUACGUGAAGAGGAUCGAGCCUUGCGACCCUGCAUAUGGCCAGGUUCUGAAUUUAAUCUUCAAGAAAGUCUUGCACUUGCUCAAAUUGAAACCAAUCAAGCGGGACUUUUACGAUCCUCAGGCCAAAAUUGAAUUUGAAGAAUUUAAACUGCAUGUUUGGCCUGGCUACAGAACCACAGCUCGCAGGCACGAGAACGACAUCCUGCUGCACACCAGCAUCAUCUCGAAGGUGAUGCGCGACGAGACUGCCUACGAAAUCAUGUCCAAGGUGGCCCGCUGUGUGGAGCAGAAAGACCGAAAGGCCAAAAUGCGCGACAGUCUGUUGGGCGCGACGGUGAUGACCGUUUACAACAACAAAACCUACAGGGUGGACGACAUCGAGGACCAAAUUACUCCUCAGUCGACCUUCGAAAAGAACGGCACACAAGUUUCCUUCAUUGAGUACUACAAGCAGAUUUAUAAUUGUGAAAUCCAAGACCCGUAUCAAUACAUGCUGGUGAGCAAAAGUAACAUUCGCAAGCUGAGGUCAGGGGAGAGCGAGUUGAUCCUUCUUGUUCCGGAACUGUGCAUCAUGACCGGUCUCUCGGACGACAUGAGGAAGAAUUUCAGACUCAUGAGUGCCCUGAGUGCCGAAACAAAAUGCUCGCCCAGCCAGCAGAGCGACAAAUUGCUCCGGUUCGCCAACAGGCUCCGAAGCAAACCCGAAAUUGUUGCGGAACUUGACAACUGGGGAAUGUCGCUCACCCCGAGUCUGGUGCAGUUCAAAGGUACGGAACUGCCCUGUGAAGAAAUCAUCCAGGGUGAAAAUUCAACAGCCAAACCGGGACCUCACGCAGACUGGACCAACGCUGUGAAAAGUAAUAAAGUUCUCCGAGCUGGCAGAUUUGAUCAUUGGGUUGCCAUCAUCCCUCGAUGCAUGGGGCACGGACCUGCGGAGAGUUUCCUGACGGAGCUGCUGAAUAUUGGCCGAAAAAUGGGAAUUCAAAUGAAUCGACCGUUAGUUGAUUACAUUGCAGAUGACAAAGUGGACACUUAUUCUGGAAAGCUGGAGGAAAUUUUAUCAAGAACUCGGCCAGACAUAAUUCUGUGCUUCGUCACAAAUGACCGCGGCGAUAGAUACAGCGCCAUCAAGAAAAUUUGCUACGUCAACAGAACAGAAAUGUGUCAAGUGGUGAACAGAAGGUGCGUCGUGAACCAAAACAUGCGCUCCAUCGCCACCAAGGUCAUCAUGCAGAUGAACUGCAAAGUGGGAGGCGCUCCGUGGUCAGUCGCGAAUCCGCCCGCCCUUGAUAAAGUGAUGGUCGCCGGCUUUGACCUGAGCAAGGAUUCAAUGCACAAGGACACGGCAUUCGGCGCUCUGGUCGCCUCCUUGGACAUACACUUUUCUGAAUAUUAUUCUCAGGCGAUUGAGUGCAGAAAAGGGCAAGAUGUGAGCGGCGCCAUUGGUGAAGUGUUUUGCAAAGCUGUGCGCAAAUUCCAGGAAAAACGUCAGGGUUGCCUUCCGAGCCACAUCAUUUUCUACAGAGACGGGGUGGACGAGUACAGCAGCAGGUGCGACGGAGAGGUUGAAAAACUCAAACUCAAGCUCGGAAGUCUGUACGAGUCUGCGGCGGCGCUCAAGUUCAGCUACGUCCUGAUUUCCAGAAGAUGCAACACUCGUCUUUUCACAAGCAACCUCAGCAACCCUCCUCCUGGCACUGUGGCUGACAAUUACAUCACCCGACCUGAUAGUUACCAAUUCUUCCUCGUGAGCCAGAGUGUGCGGCAGGCGACGGUGAACCCGACCAGCUACCACGUCCUCUGCGACUCCUCCGGCUUCAGCCAGAACGAGAUGCAGCAACUCACCUACAAGCUGACCCACCUGUACUUCAACUGGAGCGGAACAAUCAAGGUGCCCGCGCCGGCGCAGUACGCCAGAAAACUGUCCACCUUGAUCGCACAGUCGCUGCACAAAAUGCCCGAUCCGCAUCUCAGCAGCAAACUUUUCUAUCUCUAGUUUAAUUUUAAGAUUUCAAAUAAGAUCGGAAAAUUUGAAAUUUUGUAAAAAUUAUCAAAAAGCAAGAAAUUAGAUAAGAGACGAGAUAAAAUCGCGAAAAUGAAACAAAAAGUUCAUCGACCUUUUGAUGUGUUUAUCCGCAGCUAUGUUGGCAAAUGAUAGGCAGGAUGCUUAAUUAUUAUAAAUUAAAUUGCUAAUCAUUAUGGUCAGGGCAAUAAGAAUUAAUUGAAACAGUGGUUUCGUACUUUCAAUUGUAGGUUGUAAUUAAUUUGACUUAAUCGUUUCACACAUUACAAAGACACAACUACACAACUAGGCUUCGCAGACAGGAAUGUUAUUCCGUUUUUAUCAAUCAACGCUGCUCUCAUGUCAUCCGAUGCCCCGUCUCGCUCUUUUCCUCGGCCACAAAUGGUGCAGCAAGCAGCAUAUAUAUCGGUGGCCGAUGGGAGAAGUGCCGGAUUAACAGCUACUUGAAUUUAUCUUGGUUAUCAAUAGAUCGAUCGACGAUCGUUUGUGACUUUUGGCGCGCGGUAAGAAAAAAUGAAAUCAAAUGGAUUCUUUUUUCAAUAUUUGAACGUGCAAAAAUUAGUCCUUAAAUAUAUCGCAUCAGUUGAGACUAAAUUUUUGGUGCGCACUUACAAUCUCCCGCUCUCGCAAGAACUGGAAAAUGUCAAUUUUUCUUAUUGAAACUAAUGUCGGCAUAUUAAUACUAUUUAAUUGGGGCGAUUAAUGAAUCUUACAUUUGUUCCAAAGUUCUUCAAUAUUGAUUGUUUUACCACACAGAAAAGAUACACUUAUGUACGACUGCGUACGAUUUCUAGGUAUUAUUAUUUUCGCAAGCAAACGAGUUAUUGCUCCAGAAGGGGGGGGGGGGCAUUGGAAACUGCUUGAUUUUGCGCCGGUACGCGUCCGAGCAUCAAAUUAAUUGUCUCUGCGCAGCGGUCAAGACGCGCGAAGACUGGGCGUCGGUUCAGACAAUCAAACACAAAAAGCCAGAAUUAAAACUUUAUAAUUUUUUUGGCGAUUCCUCCCGAAUUCUCAAUUAUAUUUAAUUAAUUCCCAUGCCACGGCUUCCGGAGGUUCUGUUUCGCGGUCCGAGGAUAUGUGGCUUGUAAUAAAACUCCACUUGUGCUAAUAAUAUAUUGUCAGGGUGAAGCCCUGAGACGGUGUUCAACCACUAGGGAGGUAUAGUAAUUACUAACAAGAUAUGGCCUUAGCCCUCGUUAUUAUUAAGAGACGUAAUAGUACACAAUACCUUUACGGAAGGUUAUUCAAACAGAAGUUUGCCUUAUGCUACUGAGGUUUUUCUAAUUGAUGAUUUUUUUAAAUUCUAUUUUGCUUGCAAUUUUUUUGUGAAUCUUUUAAUAUAUUUACAUUAUUAUUAUUUUUGUUUUUUUAAUCUUUUAACUUUAUUUCGUGUUUUUUACUUUCAUUUUUUUUUAAUUUACCGUGUAAUUUUUUUUAUCGCUUUUUUUCUCUUUUUGUUAUCAAUCAUGAAUAAUUUAAUAAAAAUAAAUUCGCGACGAAAUUUUACUGUAAAUUUACUUUAAAUUUUGUCGGACCAGAAUAUUUUUGUUUUCUACGGCGUUCUCUGCUGGUCCCUCGGUGCUGUUCUUUCUUCUCUCCGGCGUCAUCUUGACAUUUCCAUUGGUUUUGCUGAAAACCUUUUUUUAUAUUAAUUUAAGGUAUAAAAUAUUAUUUAUUUUUGUGCGUGUUAAGUACUUAAAUUCAUCUCAUUUUUCGUCAAUUAUUUUAAACAGUAUUUAGGGGAGCACAGUUUUCAAGAUUAUAUUUUUCAUCUUGUUUCAUUUGUGUUGACUCUGAAGGAGCGCUAAAGCGGGGAUUUUUUUAUUUUUUUCAUUUUCUCUAUCAUUUAUUAAUUUUUUCGUUUUUAUUGGUUUGCUUUCGAGUCCGCCAAUGUUGCGUCAGUGGCCGAGUAGAGAAGUGCCGGGUAUGACCCUGACAAAUGUUAAAACUACCAACAGGGGAGCUGUGGGUGGAGGAAGCCCACUGUGGUGUGCCGCAGCCGCGCUCUUUUACGAGCCCUGUGCACGUAGAAGCUCCACUUUUUUUCUAAUAUAGUCCAAGAGAGAAGGGUGAGUUGCUGGGCGCCUGGUAUUGCCUUUACAAUCUCUCUCUCCAAUUUGCGCCUAGACGCCAGGUGACCCUAUCAGAGACGCCAGGUGACCCUAUCAGACUUUGCAAGGGAAAUGAGUAGUUUCGACUCAUAUUUCACUGUGUAUUGGGGUCCAGAGAAAUCAACGACAGAAAUAUAAAAGGGAUCAAAACUAAUAUUAUAUUUCUGUUGUAAAAUUAUGACUCUCUAAAAGGACCCACCGAUAUUGUUAUUUUCUGAUAUUAAAAAUUUAAAUUUAGUUGAGCAUACAAUUAUUUUGCUGAAUUUGCGUAUUGAAUUAAAUUUCUGUUGUUUUAAGAGCAAUUUUCUUAAAUGAAUCUGCUACUUGCUGAUUUAAUUUUGUUAAAUGUUGCCUUGCUUCAGCGCCAUUAGAAGCAACCUGAUCAUGUUGUAACACAUGAGAAGAAACUUUCUAAAACAUUGCGAAGGGAGAAGUCAAACACAAAAUUCCAUCAUCAUGCGCGCGGCAGGGUGCACAAGCAACAAUUUUUGUGCUUCUUGAUGGUGUUAUUAAUGUCAUUAACUAUUAAUUAAUUAGCAAAAGCAUCACCAAAAAACAGCAUAAAAUGUAACCAAGUAAAAACUCAUGAGUUAAAUUUAAUAAAAUUCACUCUACUGGCUGUAAAUAGGCAAAAAUUUAAUUGCGAAAUUUUUAACACUCGUAAUUGAUGUGCAAUAAAAUUGUUUCUCAUCUCGAUUGACGUAACCAUUGGCGAGAUAAGCGCACUUUAUUAAAAAGGUCUUAUCUCUCCUCGUCCUUAUCUCACCUCAUCACUUGUUACACCAACUCAUUUACGGCCCAAUCUGUUUUGAUAACUCACUGGCUCACCUUGUCACCCAGAGCACUGAUGGGUUUCGCAGCGACGUCGUUCAAUCGAAGAUGCACCUAAAUGGCAUCGAAAAUUUUAAUAUCCGCCUUUCUUGCAUUCGUGUUCGUGGUGGGAUUAUUCUAUGCGACAAUCAUUUACCAGACGGAAAAUUAUCAAGGUAAC